AUGACGUCGCAGUUAGAUAGAGUAUCAAACCUCUACUUUGGUUCACCAGGAAACCCACUUGAAGUACGUGUAUUGCCAAGAUGGACAUUUCAUUUUAGGAAAAACGUGUUAUGGUUCAUUGUCGUUGACAAAUAUGGAGAGGUAAUUCAACUACUUGAAGAAAAGGAAAAUCAGGCACAUGCUGAAUCUAAAUUGUCACUUGGACAGUGGUAUCGCAUUACAGACUACACAUGCACCACCCCUGACAAUUACAAGGUUUCGGCAAUUUUAACGGAUAUCACAGACUCAGCAACAAUCUUCAUGACUGACGAGGCCGCGCGUGCCCUAACAAACAUCAGUUCACAAGAUAUCAUCAACAUGUAUCCUAAUGAAGACAUGAAAAAGCUACCACCACCACUUCAGAAAUCUAAAGGUUCAACCAAAAAUGUCUAUAUACAAUGUAAAAAUCCAUCCUCCGCCAAUAACAUACGCUUUGCAAUCACAUCAACAACCAAUAUUGGAAGUACAAAGUCCACAUUGACAUCAUCAGCAAAUGUAAUGUACCAGUAA